AUGUAUAAAAAGGAAUAUGUUAUUGAUUGUAAAGGGCAUAUGUUGGGAAGAUUAGCUUCCAUUAUUGCCAAGGAAUUACUAAAUGGUCAAAGGAUCGUCGCCGUUAGGUGUGAAGAUAUUGAUAUAUCAGGAAGCUUAUACAGAAACAGGCUAAAGUAUCAAGAGUUUUUAAGAUUAAGAACUAAUACAAACCCUAAAAAGGGACCUCUUCAUUUAAGGGAACCAUCAAAAAUAUUAUGGAGAUGUGUUAGAGGUAUGUUACCACACAAAACUCCAAAGGGAAAAAUUGCUUUAAGUAAAUUAAAGGUUCUUGUAGGUAUGCCAUAUCCAUAUGAUAAGAAGAAAAAGUAUGUACUUCCUGGUGCAUUAAGAGCAUUUAGAUUACAAAAGCACCGACGUUUCUGUAGAUUAGGAACCCUAAGUUCAAGAGUUGGUUGGAAUUAUGAUGAAUUAGUAAAAAAGAAGGAAAAGGUACGAAAAGAACUUAGCAAAGAAUAUUAUAAAAAAAAAGUUAGCUUAUUAAAUGAAAAGAAAAAAAUAAAAGAAGAAGCAUUAGGAUUAAUUAAACCAGAAGAACGUAAAAUUUUGGAAAAUUUUGGAUACAUAUAA